AUGGCUGAAGAAGAGCAUUUUGAUGCAUCAGCAUCAGCAUCCGAGCCGGUUGGAUAUCCCGGAGGACCGUAUGAUACGUCUCUGUUAGUUAGAUACGAACAACAUGUUGCAUACCGUAUAUGGUUUGGUGAGGAGAGAGGGUCGAAGAAAGAGUUAAAGGUGGCAGGACAUGGGGUAAAGUUGACUCAGAGGGUUCCACUACAGUUACCUAGAGAGAUGGAGAGCUGGAUAUCUAGGUCUGGUCUAGCUUCACUUCAGAGAACCAGUUUAACAAAGAUAGACACAAACCUAGUUUCCGCUUUUGCAGAGAGGGGAGUUUUCUGGAACCCUCCAGAUAUCAGUGAAGCGCUUGUUGUUGAGUGGGUUGUUCAUUAUUUGGGAGUGUCACAUAGAAUAGCACAGCAACAAGUCCGUGAGUGCAGGGGUUCCUACUAUAAGCUGGAGUGGUUAUAUGAUCGGUUCGUAGAGCACAGAGCUGCAUCUCGAUGGGAUUAUGCGACUAGAGCUUAUUUGCUAAUGUUAGUGGGUUCCACUAUUUUUGCGGACAAGACGUUUACGCUUGUCGAGGCACGAUACCUGUCACUGUUUAUAGACUUGGAUGGCUUAUCAGGAUACAGUUGGGCAGCAGCUGCGUUGGUUACUCUUUACCGAUAUCUCGGAGAUGCUUCCAUGUUCAGCUGUAAGCAGCUUGGUGGUUAUCCGACUCUCCUACAGUGCUGGAUUCAUGAGUAUUUUCCCACCCUUGGAAAAAGAGGAGAGAAUUGGAUACCAGCUAAUAAUGUGGGUCUCCCACGAGCGAUGAGAUGGUCAUAUAGACAAGGUACCUUGAAGGUGGAUGAAUUGCGGCCUAUUCUGGACGAGCUGACACCUGCUGAUGUCAUAUGGCGCCCAUUCGAGAAUCAUAGAGUAUGGUGUCAGUUUGAUGAGUUAUGCCUCUAUAGGGGGUGUCUGAGGUGGGGUGACAUUAUUGUUCCAUACAUGCCCGAUAGAUGUUUGCGUCAGUUUGGAUACAGGCAGUAUGUUCCACAUCCACCUCUUGAUUCUCGAACGGCGGGUGAUAUUGAUGUUGACUGGAUUAGUUACCAUGAGAGCGUUCAGAAUGUGAUUCGUCCGACAGCGCCGGCCACCACCCCAUAUGAGACAGAUGAUGGGUAUCUUGAGUGGUAUUAUCGUGUUUCGCAUCCUCGUCUGGUACCGUUCAGUGUUGAUGCGACAACAGAGAUGCCAGUUCCUGUAUAUGAAGCAGGACCAUCUGAUCCUAUAGUGGCUCGUAUGUCUUCAUUGAUACAUCGUUAUCUUCAGCAGACUGGUGCUGAAGAAGAUGACCCAUAG